UCUGUUUGUAGUGUUUGUAUGCAACCAGCAUCUCCCCAUCUUUUGUGUAUAUAUUUGUUUUCCUGUUCCUCCUUGCUCAUCAACAUUAAAAUAAUUAACCUAAUCUAUCAAUGUUUAAUAAAUUUCGUGACUAAAAGUAAAAGAAAGAGAGUUAAUUAUCACAAUUUGAAAGACACAAUAAAGAAAUGUCGCAUUUAAAAAAUUCCAAGACAGUAAUGGAAAGUGAGAAAAAAACCAGUAUACAUGAUAUGCUUAAAGAUACCCCAGCACAUGAAGCUAAGAAUAUUAUUGCUUCGAAUUCUCGACCAAUAACUAGUACUAUGACUAACAGUAAUAGUUCUCCUGCUAUUUUGGCUCCUUCAUCUCCUACACAAAAUGAUGAUUCCACUUUAUUAAAGACAUCCUCAAGGAUAGAAAACCUAAAAAAUUGGUCUAUAUCUACAUACAAAUGCACAAAGCAACUAAUGUUUGAGAAACUGGGAAAGAGCUCUAGAACUCAUGAUGCAGAACUUGAAAGUCAAAUUGACCAACUUCGAGAGACGCAAAAGAAAUAUUUAAACGUUCUGCGUUUAACUAGAUUGUUAACAAAUCAUUUCUAUCAUGUAGUUCAAACGCAGCAUAUCCUAGGCGAUGCAUUUUCAGAUCUUGCUCAAAAAUCGCCUGAACUUCAAGAGGAAUUUUUAUAUAAUUCUGAAACACAACGGAACUUAACAAAAAAUGGAGAAACUCUUUUAGGAGCAUUGAAUUUCUUUAUUUCUUCUGUAAAUACUUUGUGUAAUAAAACUAUUGAGGACACCAUGCAAAGUAUAAGACAAUAUGAGGCAGCAAGAAUUGAGUAUGAUGCCUAUAGAACAGACUUAGAAUCUCUUUCAACUAAACCUGAAGGAGCUAUAGGACUAGAAGAAGCACAGCAAGGAUAUGAAGUUCAUAGACAAAAUUUUAUUAAACUGAGGUCAGAAGUUACUAUAAAAAUGAAGUUUCUAGAUGAAAAUAGGAUUAAAGUGAUGCACAAACAACUGUUGCUAUUUCAUAACGCAAUAUCAGCAUAUUUCUCAGGGAAUCAACAAGCUCUAGAAGCUACACUUAAGCAGUUUAAUAUUAAGGUGAAAGCUCCCAAUACGGCGUAUCCUUCUUGGCUGGAACAAUAAUUGAUAUAAUUUAGAGGAAUAAACCAAUUGACAAUAGUCCAAAAGGUUUUGAUUUAGGGUUUUUUGUUUUUAAUAGCACAUAUACAUCAUCCACUUUUAAUUUAUUAUUUUAUAAUCAUAUUCAGGUAAUAAACAUCUUUAAUCGAUAGAUAUGCCUAAGAAGAACAUAUUAGUAGGUGAUUAUUAGAAAACUUUUUGGACUUAUAUGUUUAUCUCACUAAAUUUGUACGGAAAAAAAUAAAAAUUGCGUACUUAAUUAGCCCUGAGUAUUUGUCAUAAUUUUUGUAUACAGUUAAAAUAAACUUUUCCCUGUAAGAAAAACUAAAUUAUACCACAGUACGCUUAAAAUCAUUGCUUGCGUGUCAUAUUAACUGUUAAUUUAAUCUUUUAAUUAUCUAUGUUCUUUCUUUAACAAUUCGAUAUUAAAUUUAUGUAAAAGGUAUAGAAAAAGAACCGGUUAUUAGUUAUAUUACAUAUGUCAUUGGCAUAAUAAAAUUUAAUAAUUUUACGGGAAUGGCCUUAUCGUGGUGUAAAAUAUCAAUAAAGAAAAAUCGUACCAUUUUUACAUGAUCAAUAACCUUAUUUAUUUAUUUAUUUAUUUUUGUAUAUGUGAUCACAUUGUCAUUUUGUCUAGUGUGUGAUUAAUUUAAUAAAACGGUGUAACUCUUACUAAAACCUAGAAAGGAGUUUUUGAAACCACAAAAAUACAACUAAGCCGUUUCUUUACCUUUACUACAUGUUAUAAUAAGCUAUCUUGUCAUUACUUUAGUAAGUUAAGUAUAUUUAUUUUUAAAUUAAUUUUAUUAAUUUCUAGUCAUUAGUCGUACUUAUUUUUAUAAACUUUUUAAUUAAAUUUUUUUUAUAGUUAAUUUUAUAUUAAAUUAUUCUACAAAGAA